AUGUCACUUUUAGAAGUGCUGACGAGAGAUCGAAAAGAGCGAACAGUGUUGGAGACCUGUAAGGCAUUCAUUAUGGGGGAUGUGCCGUUUUCAAGUUGUUUUGAGGAACUAGUGCCAGCUAGGCCAAUUGAGCAUCUGGGCAAAAUUGAUAUGUCUUUCAAUGGAAAACUGCCGAGUCCUCUUAUAAUCAAUGAAGAUGGUGGUGAAUCCGGAUGCGGAGGUAAAGUGUGGAUAGCAGGUGAACUGCUAUGCGAAUAUAUCCUUGAAAAAUCCGACAAGGAACAUUUGCUAAGUCAUUUGUUUCCAGAUGGGAAUUGCAAUAGCGUUUUGGAACUGGGUAGUGGUACAGGUCUAGUUGGGCUUUGUGUUGGUCUAAUGGAUCAAGCGAAUGAAUAUUCAGAUCGUGAAGUUUAUAUUUCUGACAUUGAUCAGCUGCUUGGUCUCAUGGAAUCUAAUAUUCAAGUCAACGGAUUGGAUGAUAAGGUUCACGCCGAGGUGUUAUGGUGGGGGAAUCCCUUGCCGGAUGUAUUUGUCAAGAAACCGGUUGAUUUAGUGCUAGCUGCGGACUGUGUGUACUUAGAAGCUGCUUUCCCAUUAUUGGAAAAAACACUGUUAGAAUUAACUGAUGGGGAGAAUGUGCCAAUUAUUCUAAUGGCAUACAAGAAAAGGCGUAAAGCGGACAAACAUUUCUUCCAAAAGAUCAAGAAGAACUUUAAAAUUGUAGAGAUACGAGAUUUUAUUAACUUCGAUAAAUAUUUGAAACAGAGAACUCAUUUGUUUCAGCUUAUGAGGGAGAAAUAA